AACGCCAACAGUUUCUGAGUUACCAACGGAGGUUGGACACUGCAGCUGAUGCACGCGGACUCAGGUCAGGUUGGGUUUUGGCGGAAAUUUUGAUUUUUGAAAGCCAUUUUCCCUCAUUUCAUGGGAAUUAUCCCGCAUAACUAUUCGAAAAAAGUCACUCGCCCACGAUACACACUCCACGCUAUAGACGAAUAGGCGAUAGCUUUCAAUCGUCUAGAUAGAUUAAAAAAUGAUUACUUGCUGCAGACGACGCAAAUUUUAUUUGAAAAUACCGGACGUGCGCGCAGUAGACGCGCUCGCCCGCCGCGCGACCUCGACUGCAUAUCCGAACUGCCCUUGUCUAUAUAAGUACACGUGCUAAAUGUGUACAUACAUAUAUAUCCAGACGUAUUUUAUGAGUCGCAUUCGGUGAAUGUUUAUAAGUAUCCUGCCGCGCGCUCUGGCGCGCAUAGCCCGCGCGAAUGUGAAUAUGCCGUGCGCGCCUCGCCGGGUGCGCACGUGUUUGGAUUUGUAGAGGUCGAGAUUUUAUUCGGAUUCAAGGUGACGUUCCGGGAUUUGGAAAACUGGCCUACCACCCUAUAAUACUUGUGGAUAGCCGACAGUUCGACCAAAACAAACAAUUGAAGAGGAUCUCUCGAUGAUUGUCGUUCUUUUAAUGGUAACCUAACCAAAGUGCAUUUCAAUAUAAGACGAAGUGUUUACAUAUUUCUUUGAAACGAAUAAAUUGCAGAAGUAUGCAAGAGUUUUGCCCCCAGUGCGCGAAAAAUGGCCAAGAGAACAAAAUCAGGGCCUUCCAGCUCAACCACACGGAAGCUGUGCUCAUGUGCUCUAGCGAGGAGUGCAUAUGGCCAGUUGGUCAUCAAAAACUCACAUUCAUCAACAGAUUGGUUGGAAAAGAACAUUCCAGUAAUUGGGAAAAGUUGGUGCGUGCACAUAUUAAAACUGAACAUGAUCGAUUGCUCGAGUUCCAGCCUUACACACCACCACAGACGCCUUCGACAUUCCCCGACAUAAUGUCCAUUCCAAUAGAAGACAUUAUCUUUUUACCGGAUGAUCAACAGUUUCCUAGUAACUUUAUUAAACCAUGUAGUACGAUUGCAGAUAGUACAGCUAGUAGUAAGGUAAAGCCAAAGCCAAAAGUAAUUAGUAUAGAGACAGUUACAAAUAUGCCUACCUCAUUAGCUGAUAAGUCUAAAAUUAUCAAGCCUGGAAAAUAUACUUUAGGCCCACCACAAAUUAGGCAAGUUAAGAUAGAGCCAAAAGAAAAUAUAAAAGUGUUAACUUGUCCUAGAAAGAUAGGGCAACCUUACAAGAAAUUUAAUUUGACUGACUUGUCAAAUACUGCAGAUAAAGUUAUAAAUAAAGUUCCUAAGUCGAAUGUUAUAAAAGUUGAAGGAGCAGAAAUAAUAGUAAAAGACUGUUUAGAUGAAUUAAGUACGAUUACAAACAAAGUUGAGUCAUCGAAUUUAGUAAGCACAAUUGGUGAUACAAGUAAUCCCAAAGAUUUAGAUGCAGAAACGAUAGAUGAUGAUGUUUUGGACAUUGAUCUAGAUGAAUUUUUGGAAGGCUUUUCUAACGAAAUAGAAGGGACAAUAAAGUCUGAAAUAGAUAAUUCAAAUGAAUUUAAUUUUGGAUACGAAUAUGAUGGUUUGUUUGACUGACUAGAUUGUGUAAAAAAUCUAUAGGUAUAGAUUGAAAAAUGUUUAUGUUUUUUUUUUUCAAUAGAUUUAAGACAAAUUAUUUUGUAAUUUUCUGCAUUGUAACAUUGCAUGCCAGUGAGCCGUAAAUAGAAAAGAAAUAAAAUGACAAUAAGAAUUCUUGUA